AUGACUACUCUACACUAUCUCCCUCCCGUGAAGCCCUCGGCCAUCGCCUUGGGUACCAUCUUCACCCAUACCGCCUCGUUGGGCAUCCUGGCGCCCGUGUUUGGCGACGCUUACCAUCGUGCCCAGGCCGCCAAUACGAAGGAAGAAUUCGUCAAGUCCAAGGAGACAAGCAGCGCCGUUGCCGCCUGGGGAAGCUCUCUAUUCGGAAGUGCCGUCCAAACUUAUGGCGUGGCUGCGCUUAUCAAUGCCACCGGGACCUUGACCUACAAAGGAGCAGCCUACCUAGGAACUCUCGUCUUCUUCGCCAGUGCGGCUCCUGGUUUUGUUGCCCAAAUCUUCACCGAGAAACGACCACUCGAUACAGUUGCUGUGGGUGCUCUUAGUAGAGCAUUCGAGACUGUUGGUCUUAGCUUGUUCCUUACCUGGUGGGGAACACGCACGAAUCCAUUUGACUAA